CUCAACUUACUAUAAUUAUUCCUUCGCAUUUAGGAGUGGGGGACAUGGCUACAAGUAGGGAUUGCAUGGAGUGGGGAUACCCGGGAAAUAUAAAAAAAUGUGUUGAUUGUAGCACAUAUACCAGCACCAGCCACCAGUAUCGAGUGGGUAAAACAGAAAGGCUGUUCCAGAGACUGCAUCGGGGAGUGACAAGUGUCAAAGUUUCUCAUGAUAAUUAGGAUUAAAUUAUCAGACAUAAUUAAGAGUUCGACGUGUUUAAAGUUGUUUUGUUUGAAGUGAAACGUUUAAUCUUCAGGGUAUGGCUGGUGAGGAAGAUACAUCACCUUCUCAACACUUAAGUGCGAAAGAAUUGUUGUUGACUCGUGGAAUUCGAGCCCAAGCAUGCGACGAGUACGCGCGAUCGUCCCUAGUUUUACCAAAAUGUGGAGAGAAGUUGUUCGAGCCGAACGGAUCUUGGCUGCAGCAGAAACAGAUCAGUACAAACUUGGAGAAUAUGCGGAACCUUCUGAAAAUUGAGAGAGUGAACAGACUAUCUCAGUUGGCUGUGGCAGAGUGGCUUCCCAAUGAGAAACGGGCCCUUGUAAUCAAGAGAUCUGGUGUCGAGUGGACUAAUUAUGGACUUGAGCUGAACAAGAGUCUUUAUUUAAUGCCUGAGGAGGCCUUGUUGCUUCUAGAGAUGAACUGUUUGGAGUUGAUGUUCAACGGUCUCUCCCUAUCGAUCCAGCAGGCUUAUGAGCUCCUGUUGGACUCCCCCCAUUCUUCUGUCACUCUCUCCGAGUACCGAGUCUUCAGUCACCUCUCGCGAUUGGGGUAUCGGCUCCAACGAUUCCACUACGAUAAAUCCGGGCGUUUCGAGGAUGGCUCGGGCCCAAAGAAAAAGGUAAUCGUUGUUCCCGAGAACGGCCAGUGGAUGACUGACCAGAGAGUCCUUAAAGAGACUCCCGAAAUCACCAAAGAACCCUCAAUAAUCGACACCGACGUGAAAGAGACCCUCAAAACGAUAAUAACUACCAUUGAAAUCGACGAAGCUCCAAACAGCAAUGGAAAUUCCCAAGACUCUGAGGAUGCAAAAAAAUCAAAUUCGAUGAGGCCGGAGAUAGUGUUAGAGGAGACUGUGAUAGACCCGAUAAAAAUCGUCCGAUCAUCAGAUUCUUUAAAUCAGACGCCAAAAUGGACGGCAUCAAGAAUCCAGAGGAACGUCAAGCAAUUGCCCAGACGAAUUGACAAUAAACGAAAGCUGCAGAUGUCCUCAGAAACGGGACCAGACUCAGAUUUUCCCAAUUCUAAAAAAUCCAAGCACGAGGUGAUUGAGCUCUCAGAUGACGAUGUCCAAGAAAUUCCGAUAAUCCCCUCCCGAAUGGACCUGCUGAAUCAAUUUCCGAAUACUGCCAACAAUAACAGAAUUAGGAUAACCAGUGACUGGAUACCUCCCAACGUGAGCCCUCAAAGGACGAUUUAUAAGUGCGACAGAAAGCACCUGGAGAGAGUCAACGAGACUGAUAAAGCUCUGAGGUCGUCAAGAAAGUUUGGACAGGAGCUGACCUCUUAUGCCGACACAAUCGGUGGUGUCAGGUACCCUGGAUCCAACAGGAUUCAGCAGUUGCACCAGAAUUACCGUCAUUAUCAGAAUAGAGGUUUUGGGGUCAACCAGAUUUUCAGGGGCCAGUGCUACCCUGGUAACUGGGUACAACAGAGAUUUGAGCAGAAUGUCAUGGUCAAUCAGAUGAACAUUGGUGGAAUGUUGAACCGAUGGUCGUCUUAUCAGCAGGUUAAUGUAGUGAGGAAUUCGAUGAUGCUGGGAUAUAACAUGGCAGCAGCUACUAUGCGAAAUUCUUGGAAUUUUUUUAAUUCCGUAAUGGGACACACACAGAAUAUCAGGCGAAGGGAGUUGAGGGGGAUUUUCGGGGAACUUCCUAUCACCUCAUGGGGCCCUACGACGGGUUCCGACGGGGACUCUCUGGACGAGGAUGCUGGCGCGUAUCAGCCGUCCUUCGUGAGAAUUCCAGCAUCGUCGUGGUCGGAGCUGAAACGGAAAUGGAGAGACGCUAAGACAAUCACCAUUGAUGGUGAGGAAGACAUGAUGCAUUAUAGUGAAGUGGAGCUCGUUGAAGAGAAUAUCCAGCCACUGGUCGGGGCGAAAAAUGCCGGAACCAUGGCGCAAGUCUUUGACAGACUAAGGAUCAUCAAAUCUGCGGGGGAGAAGACUGUCAGGAAGAAGAGGGGAGAGCAUAAAAUUUCUUACAAGGUUUUUCCGAAUAACACAGUGCACUUCAGGAAGGCCAAUCCAGGAACACCAAUGUUCCAUGUCGUUGUAACGAGCUAUGACAAGCAGUUUGUACAACCCAUAGAGCUCAUCAGACUUCAACAGGACGCUAGGAACUCGUCUAUUGUUUUCGCCGUUGUAUCCGAUUCGUCCACUGUCUAUCUCCAGACUGGAACCAUCUCCCUCCCAAACCUACCCAAUGAACAUUAGUGUCUUUCCCAUUUGUGGGAGUGAAUGCAUCAUUUCUGGAAAUAAACGUAUCUCGUACUACAUUUUCGAUAUCAAGUCGCUUCAUUUUCUUGUCAUUAAUUGAUGUGCCAAUACAAUCAUU